AUGGCGCGAACAUUCUCAACGUCUUGGCAGAAUAUUCAAUCCACAAACUGGCAGACUCUUAAAUUCAAACCGCCCCCACCAAACUCUCCCAUCGGGUGGCGUGUAGAGUUCCGUAGCAUGGAGGUGCAAAUGACAGACUUUGAGAACGCUGCAUUUGCUGUCUUCAUUGUCCUCCUUUCGCGCGCCAUCCUAGCAUUCAACCUUAAUUUCUAUAUUCCUAUUUCCAAGGUUGAUCAGAACACCAUUCCAAUACUUUCUGUUUCAUCUAUUAACAGUGGCAGAUAA